UUGAAUAGUACACGUACUGGCGGCUGGUUUCGCAUUCAGUUGCAAGUGCACUGAAUUUAGAUUGCAAUGAAUGUUAUAAAGCCAAGGUCAAGGAUGGACUCAAGUAGGACUGUCCUUAAACCUAGACCAAAAAUGUCAUGCAUAUGCAGGACCUAGAGUUCACAUUAGAAAUUGUAGCGCUCAUAUUUUUCAGGCUAAUUGUCAGACGUUUCAUUAUUUUAUUGAACAACUGAAGCCGUACGCUAUUUGCAUUUUCAUUGCAUUUCUGAGACAAAACAACCUUUUGCUUUGUUUUCAUUCUGACAACGGCACGCUGUGAACGAAUAUAAAUUGUAGGUAUGGUGUUGUAAACGAAAUAUCGCCUAACUUGCUUGAAUGAUUGAAAGCCGUGUAUUUGCUACAGUGCAGCGUGCAGACUGCUUGAAAACACGAGGUGGUAGUCUUUAUUUAUUUAUUAUUGCCUGUUUGGUUGGUUUGGCGCACUAUGUGCGUACUUUGCACACAGACGAAAUCAGGAAUCUAUUAGAGAGCAAGACCUGCGCGGCAGAGGCAAUGCUCUUCUGCUCCACUCGCGUGUAAACACUGACCGCGUGGAACCUUAAGAAACGCCGCAGUUUGUUACGCUGCACCUUUCUAUUUCUAAACCGUUUUUUUUUUUUUUUUUUUUUUUUUUAAUUGUUUUUUUUUUAUAAUCAAUAUUCAUCAAAUUAUUACUACUCUCGUGGUCGCAAAAACGUGGGGGUGAUGUCAUCCUGCCAGCUGCGUGGGCGAAUUUAAACUACUCCACUGCAGGCAUGAUCCCGCCCAUAAACGUCGUCACUGAUUCAAACUGCAAGUAGAGCAGAGGAGAGAGCGGAGGUAGCCAACACAAUCACAUCGCACGGGGUGAGGACGCGAAGUGUGGAUUUGGCUUUGUUUGUGCAUGAACACGGAUCGCCUCUUCGAGAGAUGUGGGGAGAAAUUGGGAAGCUAAUGCUGGUACAUUUGUUACUGAUGGAGCUUCGUUCGUCGGAAGGGACUAAAACGGAAUGUGAGACCGGCCAGUUUCAAUGCAGGAACGAAAGAUGUAUUCCUACCAUCUGGCGGUGUGAUGACGACGACGACUGCUCCGACAACAGCGACGAAGAAAACUGUCCGAAGAAGACGUGCGCCACGACGGACUUUGCGUGUAAGAACGGCCAGUGCGUGCCGGCCCGGUGGCGCUGCGACGGAGAGCCCGAGUGUCCCGACGGCUCCGACGAGGCUGACUCCACCUGCAGCCGACAGACGUGUCCGCCAGAGAAGUUUGACUGCGGGGGCACCACUCACAAGUGCGUCUCGCUGUCGUGGCGAUGCGACGGGGAGCGGGACUGCGAGAACGGCGCGGAUGAGGAGGAGUGCGCUGCAGACAGCAAAGCCUGCGCCCACAAUGAGUUCCAGUGCCGCAACCGCCAAUGCCUGGCGCCCCUCUUCCUGUGCGACGGCGACGACGACUGCGGGGACGCCAGCGACGAGGACAAGUGCUCGGCGCCCACCUGCGGCCCGCACGAGUUCCGCUGCAACAGCUCCGAGUGCGUCCCCCAGCUGUGGAGCUGCGACGGGGACCCCGACUGCCCCGACCUGUCGGACGAGUCCCCCGAGCGCUGCGGCGGCCGCCGCGCCCCGCCCCUGCCCCGCCCGCGCCCCCGCUGCGACCCCGGCGAGUUCCAGUGCGGCAGCGGCGAGUGCCUGCGGCUCCACUGGAAGUGCGACGGGGACGCCGACUGCAAAGACAAGUCCGACGAAGCCAACUGCCCCUUGCUGACGUGCCGACCAGAUGAGUUCCAGUGCGGCGACGGCUCGUGUAUCCACGGCACCAAGCAGUGCAACAAGGUGUACGACUGCCCGGACAACAGCGACGAGGCCGGCUGCGUCAACACAACCAGGUGCGAGGGGCCGCUGAGGUUCAUGUGCAAAAACGGCGAGUGCAUCGAGGCCAGCAAGCUGUGCGACUCCAUCAAGGACUGCAAGGAUUGGUCAGACGAGCCAAUCAAAGAGUGCGGCCUAAAUGAGUGCAAGGACAACAACGGAGGCUGCUCGCACAUAUGCAUCGAUCGGCCCAUCGGAUAUCAAUGCCAGUGCCCCCCGGGAUACAAGCUGCUGGACAAGAAGACCUGCGGAGACAUCGACGAGUGCGAGAAUUCUGACGCCUGCAGCCAGAUCUGCAUCAACUACAAAGGCGACUACAAGUGCGAGUGUUACGAGGGUUACCAGAUGGACCCGGUCACCAAGACCUGCAAGGCCGAGGGUAAGAGCCCUUACCUGAUGUUCACCAACCGCCAUGAAAUCCGCCGCAUCGACCUGAUGAAGAGGGACUACACGUUGGUUGUCCCCAUGUUGAAGAAUGCAGUGGCGCUGGAUGUGGAUGUCAGCACCAACAAGAUUUACUGGACUGACCUCUUCCACCGCAAGAUCUACAGUGCGUUCAUUAGCAAGGCCAGUGACUCCUCCCAGCACACCACCCUGAUUGGCUCCUCCCUGCAGUCCCCUCAGGGCCUGGCAGUGGACUGGGUCCAUAAGAACCUGUACUGGACCGAUUCUGCGCGCAAGUCCAUUUCUGUGGCCUCGGCCGACGGCAAGAAGAGCCGAGUCCUGAUCGGCACGGAGCCGAGCGAGCCGCGCGCCAUCGCCGUCGACCCCGCGCAAGGGUUCAUGUACUGGUCAGACUGGGGGGUGCAGGCCAAGAUUGAGCGGGCAGGGAUGAAUGGGGUGGACCGGCAAGUUCUGGUGUCGGACAGCAUUGAGUGGCCCAAUGGGAUCACGCUGGACCUCCCUAACAGGCGGCUGUACUGGGUGGACUCUAAAUUGCACCUCAUCUCCAGUGUGGACUUCAGUGGAGCCCACAGGAGGGUGCUACUGUCUUCCCCCCUGCAGCUGGGACACCCCUUCGCCCUCUCUGUCUUUGAGGACCGGCUGUACUGGACAGACCUGGAGAAGGAGGCGGUCUACAGCGCUAACCGGCUAACGGGGCAGGAGGUGACCGCGCUGGCCGAGCACCUCAACAACCCCCACGACAUUCUGGUCUUCCACGAGCUCCGGCAGCCCAAAGCUCCAGACAGCUGCAACAUGGGGGGUAUGGUCAAUGGGGGCUGCGAGUACCUGUGUCUGAAGGCCCCACAGAUCACAGACAACUCCCCGAAGUACACCUGUGCCUGCCCUGACGGCCACCAGCUGGGCGAUGACAUGCGCCACUGCGUCAUAGCUGUUACAGCAGCCAGUCCUAAAGAAUCAAUGGCCAGCAGCACCAUUGUUACAGACGUAACCACAGCAACGGCCCGCACUACGAUCGCUCCGACCAAUCCUCUGUCAGCGUUUUCUAGCUCCUCUGUCGUGUCAAACCCAUCUAACUCCACCCCCCAACCGGCCCUUGGGACCCUGUCCCCUGCUUCCAGCUCGAUGGAAGAGAACAGCAGCCCCUCUCACAGGGCGGGACAUGGGCUCCAGCUCCUGGGGAGCAACAUCACAGUGGCGGUGCUGGGCGUCGUCAUCCCCAUAGUUCCUGUCGUUGCCACAGUGAUGGUGGGCCUGCUGUGCACCACCGCCUACCUGGUUUGGCGCAACUGGCGAAGGAAGAACACCAAGAGCAUGAACUUCGACAACCCCGUCUACCGCAAGACCACCGGCGAGGAGGAGGACGAGAUCCACAUCGGCCGGACGUCCGAGCCCCUGGGCCACGCCUACCCGGCUGUGGGUGGUGGCGCCUGCCCCGCCUUUAUCGCCCUGCCACUGGGGGGCAGUGUGCCGGAUACGGCGACCCACUGGUACUCAGGCCAGCCCAUGCUGUCUGGCGCAAAAUGAGGACGGGCUAUAGGGGCCGGGCCAGGCCCCUGUGGAGGACAGAAGAGCCACAUGGAUGACGCACAGAGCCCCUCCCCCUCCCCGCCAGGCUCCGCCCACUGGCCAGGAUGGGCAUCCUGUUCAGCCUCAGUCUCUCCCCAUGUUACCUCCCUUUAUAGACAGUACAGCUGCUGCCACCGUGUGUUUAGAGGAAGGGCCAAAGGACCGUGCUCCAGUGGUGUGUGUCCUUUUUUUAUCUUAAAAAUGUCAUUCAUGUUUUGGAGGAACUGAAGAGGAGAGCUGUUCCUUUGCUUGAGGCUACCUCUCUUUGGAGGGAAGAGCAGGGCUGCUUCGGCAAGCAGGCUUUAGGAAGGAACACCGCAAUAGCAGCACCUUAAUUGACGGGACAAUCCAGUGCUUUAUUUUGUCCUAUGAUUUAUCAGGCGGUUUAUUUAACCACAUUAUCUUUAGUGUUUCUGAUGCGUUUUACAUGUUGUUUUAAUCAUUGUUUUUCUGCCAACCUUUCUGCCUCGUACGAUGUGCCCUUCAGCAGAAUGAGAGACAGCCAGGGAUGCCGCUGUGGAUAAGUCCAUCAGUCAGUCUGUCAGUCACUAGUCACUGACUCGCUCACUCACUCACUCGCUCAGUCAUUCUGUCUCAAACACGCUCAAUCUGUCGGUCAGUAACUUUGUUUUAUUUCUUUAUAUUUUCCUUUAUAAAGGUCCAUGUCAGUGAGUCUGGUCUAUAGAGAAAAUUUGAUUUACCGUUUCACUUUUGUUCUAUUAAUUGUGCUCUUUUGAGCACUGCUCAUUGGGGACUAAUUGCACUGCUCAUCAGUGUAUGUUUUUGAGCUUUUACCCUUGCAUGACCUGAUACAACUGCCAUCAACGAGCAUCUUUAUGGAGUUCUUUGUUUAGUUCAUUUUUAGUUUUGUAGCUUAAUUACAGCAGUGCUCACAGUCCUAAUGAGGCAUUGUGUGUGACAUGGAGGGAGUAUUUGCAGGGGGCUAGGGGUGUGUUGCUUGAUGCUCACAUGUUGCCAUGGUGUCCACCUUUUAAAAUCCCUGAUGUUUUACUGCCUCGUGGCUUGCUUCAAAUCAUGUGAUCACAGAAACCGACGCUUUGUUACAUCGCAGCGCACCUGCCAUGUUGGGUUAUGUCUGGAACCAUGCCUGCUCAACCAAUACCUGUUGAGGUAUCAGCUAUGACAGAUCUGAGAUCAGUGGUUCUUCCACUCACAUAUUCCUCAAUUCGGGUGUGUAUGGAAAAACACGGGAUUCCUGUGUUCCUUCCCUUCCCACCCACAAACUUCCAAAAUGUGUGAAAAUGCUUUGGGCACCCUACAAUUUGUGGGUUUUCAUCAGAAGAGAGAGGCAUUUGAGAGUGCAUUUGAGAUUUUCUAUAGAGAUAUUCUUAAUAAUGGAAGAUUCUCAUAGGAAGUCUUUGGUAUCGGAUCAUUUCCCUCAAGAGACCCCAUUGAAGGUGUCUUUCAAUAUAUGCACCCGGCACCUGUCAAAUUCAAAUAACACUUCUGCAAUACUUUGCUACUUGCAGUCAGCGCAUACCGAUGUUACAGUAGCUCCAUUGAAUCCUGCUGUAACUCAAGCUCAGCCAUUUAAAUGAGGUAUAAUACAGUGCCAAAAAAUCUAUCUCAAUGUUUAUAAGUGUAAGAUGAAAACAUUUAUGAAGUUAGAAGCUCCCCACAUGCGUAAGUGCAUAAUGCUAUUUCUAUUAAGUCAAGGCAGCAAAUCUCUUAUGCCAGAUAGCCCUGAAAACAUAAAAGAACUCUAUAAUUAUACUCAUAGUAUGAGUACUAAUAAUAUGAACAGCAUAAAUAAAAAUGUGACUACCUAUCUGUGUGCUAUUGAAUAUAUAUUUCCUUUCCACAAUACUACAAUGUGCUGGGGGAAAGGAUGAAUGAUACUCUUUGCAAGUAGAUGAAGUAUUGGUAAAUAUGAUAGCAUUAUGCUCAUGGUACACACAUUUUCAGUUCACUUCAGUAAUGAUAGUAAUCAUAAUCUCAUCAUCAUUUUGACAAUAUGUUUACUUUUAUGAAUAGACUGAGUUGAAGAGGCCUUUGAGAAUACAUUGCAAUAGCAUUAAUAUUCAGAAACUGAAUUUUACAGUCAAGAGGUAGUGUUCUACUAAUUCAGAUUCAUUACUGCCGUAAUGACUGGCAUACUGAUUGACCAGGAGAUAUCACUAGAGAGGCAGGUGUCAAAUGCUUCAUGACACAGAUUUUUCAGCCUACACAGUUGCUUAAUCUGUGUCAUUGCUUCAGAAAGCUUUGCUUUGCCCAUCGCUCCCUGGAGCUGAAAACAGAGAGAAUGGGGUCUAUUGAGAGCUGGGCUGCUUGUCUGCAGCUGGAACUCCAGAAGGGGGCAGCAGACUCACUGCUUGGUCCAGUAAGGACAAUUUAAUAAAUAUAGUAUAAUGCUAUUUAGAGUUAAUUGGUUCAGUGUCAUUUUGGCCAAGUUUCAAUAUUCUGCAACUAAACAUAACUUUUUUUCAUAUUCUUUGAUAGGUCAGAUUCUUUGUUGGUCAGAUGCACUUUUUUGUCUUUGGAUAGUUUACCUAUUCCCUAUUACCAAUUACCUGUUCUCUGUUACCAAUUUCUGAGAUAAGGUCUUCACUUAAAAUGGAGAUAAAGGAAAUAAUUCAAUUCAUACUCAUUACAAGCAGUCUGAGUGUGUCGGAGGUACCCGGUUAUUUGAAUAUUUCACAGUGAGAUCACUAAUAAGGUCAGAAUUUAAAUACAUGUUAGAUUAAUUCACAUUUUUUAAACAAAGAUCCAGUCUUAGUCUUCAUUAUUACUGAUCAUGGAAAGCAAUCAGAUAAGCAAGUAAUUUAUGUUAAUCUUCUCUCUGCCUGAAAAUGUGAGUGAAAGCCAUUUUGUAACACUUUCAUACUGAAAUACAGCCAUGAUUACUUUUUGCAGUUGUACAGUUUUUCCUCCUUGUCUUAUUUUCUGCUGGAAACAGGCAAGUACAGGGAGCGUAUCUUACUGCAUGUGAACCUCUGCAGUCAGGCUGGAAGAGUGAUUUAGAGCCCAGGGCGUGUGCGUGUGUGAGUGCGAGUGCGUGUGCAGUCUACGUGUUUGCUCAGUGUAGAUGUAUUUAUCACUUUAAUGAGCCGCUCAUAAUUCUUUAGUUCAGCUGUCAUUUCUGCAUGCCGAAUGCAGAGUCGGUGUUCUGUCACGGCUUCUUAAGAACGAGGGCUCUGUCUGGGCUUCUUGGGAGUGAACACUCCGGCAGGACCACAACAGAGUUAGGGCCUCUUAAGAGUGAGGGCUCUGUCAGGGCCUGUUGAGAGCCAGGGGCUCCUAAGAGUGAGCGCUCUAUCAGGACCUCUAAAGUCAGGGCCUCACGCUCUGUCGGAGCCACUUACGUUUAAGGGUCUCAUCAGGGGGAACUGUCUGUCAAAGCCUCUUCAGAGUAGUCUGUCACCUCUUCAGAGUGAACGCCCCGAUUCUCCUCUGACGCCCUUUAGGGAUCAGGACACCGCAUGCUGCCAUGCUUUCGGAUGCCAUUAUCCAUUUUUUUAUUUUUCUUGUGGAGAGGGUUCCUUCCUGUUACACUGAAGGCUCCCUCUACUCAUCUCUCAGUCACAGGUUCAUCAGUGGCUCUAGCAAUGCACAGUCAAACCCGUGACUCAAAGAAAUCUCACUACAAGUUGUAACAUCCAGAAAAGGUUUAUAUAUCUCACCCAAGCAAUAUAAAGCCUGUAAUAUGAUGUGAAUAUGAUUACAAUGUGAAGAGCAGUGGCAGGGCAGUCUAUUGAGUAGUGUUCCACCAUCAGAAAAAUAUCUGGAAGUUUUUGGCACAGCAGUUAGAGCAUGGGGCUCUCUAUCAGAAGGCCCGUACAAAGUCCAUUUGUGGCUCUUCUUUGCUGUGGUCUUAGGCUAAGUACUUAUCCUGAAUCAGCUAUAUUAACAGGUCUGUUAACUACUAAGUACAUACAGCUCUGUAAUAAUAAGAAUGAAGGAAUUUCGCACAUUUCAUAUUAUAAUAGGUGCUGUGCCUGCCGGCGGCGCUGGUUGUGCUUUUCAGUUUUUAUUCUAUGCAUUUAUAAAUGGCUGCCCCCACUCAUGUCCUGCAGGAAUGCAGCUGACCUCCUCUCUCAGUGCCCGUCCUGUCACUCCCAUGCCCUCGUUCUUGUAUCGCUCAGAAAGGGCUGUCUUCUCAGAGAGCAGUGACUGAACGUGUUCAGGCAGACUGCGCCACUGGUCCGUGCUUUUCCAGUCCCGCCAUUCGCUCACAGGGUCUCUCUCCGCAGAGCCCGAGUUCAUUGUUUUUGCUUUAAAGAACCCUGGUGAUCGUGCAUGACUGCGCCAACAUCAGUGCGUUUGGUGAGUGCGGGCAACCCUUCGCCCUCCUAACAGUUUCCUGUUUAGUUUCUGUGUAUUACUUGAAAAACCGAGAUCAGGUUCCGACUUUGCUCUUGUCAGUAUUGGGGUGUAUGAGGGUAAAGGUGUGCUUGUGUGUGCGUGUGUGUGUGUGUAUGCAUGUACAGUGGGAUUUUUACACAGGUCUAUCAAGUCUUCUGGAUUUUUUUCAUCCCACAGUUAAACUGGAAAGGUUUUUGUACACUGUUUGUUGCACAAAGUUGUCAAAAUGCCUUCUGCACUGUGUAAAUUGGAACUAAGGAGAGAAGGUUGACAAUUCUCUUUUCGAAUUUGUUUUGAAUCAUAAUUUGUAAAUACAUUUUCAUACUGCAGACUUUUGAUAAGCUUUUCUGUAAACAAAGUAAAAAAAGAAUGAAUAUAAAGAUUCUAGAUAAGAGUUGGCCAUAUAUGAAUUUAUUUGUAUUCAAGAUCACUGGAUUUCUGUACUACUUGAUUGUAACAAAGUUAAUAAUCUGCCAAAGUGUUUAUAUUUAAUUUCAUUUUGUGUUUAUGUUGCAUUUUUGAACAGUCAAGCAUUGCAGAAAGUGGAGGGGCCUACUGUAUUUUGUUCUCUUACAUUGUUUAGGUUACAUGUUUAGAUGGUCUACCAUAUCAUUUAUUGGUGCCUUGUCUGAGUUAUGCAUUUUUUAGAAUAUUUUAUUUAGGAACCUAUAUAUUUAUGUUAUGUCUCUCCUGUACGCCAAAAUGGUCUCACUUAUGUUUCUAUGAAAAUAAACUGUUCAUAAAUAUCUAUAUUGAUACAUAAACUGUA